AUGAGACUCAAUAAUAAUAUUUCAAAGAGAAAGCAUUACAUUUGCACAGUCAGGGAUUCUAAAAAUCAUCUGGUCGCUAUCAAAAAAGAGCUUAAAAAGGAUCUUAAGAAAUGUAGAGUUUUCAAUACCCUAGGAGCCGUUACAAGCAUUCUAGGGACUGCGCUUAUUUUUACCCCUUUAACACUUUUAGGCGCUGGAGCUGUAAUUUUAGGAGGAGGGACUUCUAUUGGAUCAAAAAUAGUUCGAAGAGUACUUGAAGGCGAUGCACUUGAAGAAGUAAGAAAAGUAUUGAUAAAAGAAGAAAAAGCACAAAUUUCUUGCGAAAUUUCAGAAGAUGAAUUCGAUCAUUUCAUGUUAGGACUCGAAAGUAUUGUAUUUCAAGUGGGUCUGCUUGCUACAACAGCACUUAAAAGUAUAGAUUUUACAAACUCAAAAGUUGUAAAAAAAGCUCAGAUGAACUUUGCAGAGGGAACUAUCAGGCUAUCAACUAUUGAUAUAAUUGCAACAUGGGUAAUAGAGAGUGCAACUCUGAGAAAAAUUAAGGAGGAAAUUAAGAAAAGAGAGAAAAUAAUUGACGAGAUGGUGAAAGAGAUUGAGUAUCUUGAGAGACUUUGGCCUUAA